AUGAGGGCCACCAGAGUCCUGUACAAGAUCUUCAAGGAGCAGAACUGCAGGCAGCAGGUGAAGGAGCUCUUCCCUCAGCUCUCCAUCGCCCUGCUAUUCCAGAUCACAUACACAGUGGAGCCGUCCAUGCAUAACCAGGAGGACACGCCCGCACCCCUCAGCCCUGUCAGGUGUGCGGUGAAUGCCAUGCAAGCCUUGCUCCAAUGUGCUGGCUACAGGGACCAGACCACGUUCAUCCACAAGCACGGUGGCUGGGGCAUGCUCAUGAACGCUGACAUGCACCACAAAGGCGUCUUGCUGCUUGCCCGGGCCAUGGUUUCGGUCAGUUUCCAGGAGCGUUGCUGGAUUUUCCAGGAGCUGAUGGCCAUCCUCAACUGCAGGGAUGAUAGGCGGUACAUCCCGGCCAUGGCAUUCUUCCUUCAGGUGAGCCUCACCGGCGGGUGA